AUGUACUUGAUGGUCAUUAAUGAGAGGAAAUCCGUGUUACCUAAUCACGUUGUUGAUAAAACCCAUGCCGGAGAUGAAGAUAUCUCUGCUAGACCACUCGAAGAGAUCGAGUCUCUUUGCAUGCAAUGUGGGGAGCAGGGAGUUACACGCAUGAUGCUUACAUCCAUUUCGUUCUUCCGGGAAGUCAUGGCUGCUAAAAGUCAUCAAUUGCGGCCGGACCUUGACCGCCAGCUCAUCCGCUCCGAAGUAUGUAGUAUCAACAUCCCCGAGUUUCAGCUGGUUCUUCCGCCUUCCCGUGGGCAACCUAAAACUGUCGAGGGUCUCCUACGGGACAUCGUCGCGGAUCUCAGUGUACAGCAGCCGCUCAGACGCAUUCAGGACGAGAACGCCUACGCUAAAAUUGCCGAUGAUGAAGACGAAGACCAAGGCAAGGUCAAAUUUGAGAAGAGAGAACCUUCGAACGAGGAUCCAGUCAGACUUGCAAUCACCAUCACUCUAGACAAUCCAUCUGGAAAUUCGUUCCUCGAGUUCGUGGGCAGCAUGUCCGAUCUGGAGUGGAACAUACACGAGCGGUCGCUUGAGCAGAACCGGCACCUUGGAUUGGCACCUCCUGCGGACGACGUGGAACAAAAUGCAGCAGACGAGGUGGAACAGGAACCAGGGGGUCUGAACGAGGAAGUGUCCGAAUUCCCUGGGAUCUGCUCGCGUUGUGGACGACCACUUAUCACGCGCAUGAAAAAAGUUUCUAUACCCUAUUUCAAGGCGUGUAUCGAAGGCAUACUGAACCUGCAUCCUUGGCAACCCCACCAGGGCACUCUUAUAAUGUCAACUAACUGUGACGACUGCGGAUAUCGGGAUAAUGUGAUCAAGUCAGGGGCUGCAAUUUCUGAGCAUGGCAAGAAGAUUACGUUGAAGGUUGAAGAUAGAGACGACCUUGGCCGCGACAUACUUAAAAGCGACGAGUGGUCUCAGCGUACCAGAGAUAGACCUCGUUCUUCACCCCGGCACACUAGGGGGACGUUGACUCUCACGACUUUAGAAGGCAUUUUAGAUCAAGUAUACGACCAAGCCCUAUGGACACUACCUAAGUACUAUCUUGCACUGAAGAAACCCGAUGGCGAGCAGAGUUUGAAUAGUAAUAUAGGCGUCACUGCAUUUAGGAUCGAGGGAUUUGAGCACAUACCACAUACUCGGUGGAGUAGCAGCACCGUAGCAUCGAAGGUCUUCGUAUCAAAAUCGUCGACCACGUGCAAAGAAGAGGGAGGAGAAGUUGAUUCGCUAAGUACUGGUAACACAUUCCUGUGGCGCUGGGAAGCGCCAGUCCCCGAUUCCAAGAAAUAA